UUUAGGGUUAUAGAAGCAAUUAAAAUAUGUGUGGACGACAUGAAUUUCCAAGUCUUUUUGGUUGGUCUUGCAAAAUUUGUUUGAGCCAUUUGGUUUUUGUGUUAUCAAAUUUUUUUUUUAAGUUCAUUUUUUAUUGUAUAGUCAAAAUAAUGUCAAAAUGAGCUAAAUUAGUUAUUUCAAAAUGUAUUUUUAUUUGCCUUAUUAUAAGAUAGAGUAUUUCAUAUAAAUAGGUCUACAUAUUCACAUAUUUAUUCUACAUUUUCUUUUUUUAUUUUCUGUAUAUCAGAGAAAACUUAAUAUUCUAUAAUCUGUGGAGUAAACUGAUUACUUUUAAUGAAUUUUUAAAAUAGGGUAAUGCCCGAGUUAUGUAGCAUUUAGGUUGGAGCAAUAUGUGAACGCUUGAAUGGGUAAAAAAAAAAAAAAAAAAAUCAGGGCUUGCCAUAUCGUGUCGGGACAGGACAAACUGGGAGUGGAUGCGCCGUCAUGUGACUUGUGACAGGGAGGAGGGCAGAAAAAGAUUAGUAUUUUCUUACUUGGAAAAGAGGAAAAGAAAACGACAUUCCUAGACGGUUUUAAGUGUUUCAUUUAUCCUCCAUCUGUCUGAGUUUGUGGGGUUUAUUUUUCCUGCUGAAGCGCGCCUGUUGUUGUCGUUACUGAUUUUAUUGUCUACGUCAGCGUCCGCAUUCCUCUGCUGUUCUUUUAAACUGCUGAGAUUAGUUUCACUGAAACUCGCUCACGUUAGCGCCUUUUCCUCGGCGUUUUGUGCUUUAAAGCCCCAGAAAACUGACAGAAAGUAAAAGGCAGGAACUGGUGCCAGCCGGGGCUGUGGGGACCUUGUCGGCUGAUUUGGAUACUGACUGGGUUGGUAGAUCUGGAUCCAGAGCCGGAGCUAAGACUGGAGGGAGGGGGCCAUGGUGGGCCCACCUCAGGCAGAUCUCAUGGCGACCUCACCAGGUUGCGCAGCUCUUCACUGGAAAUAAGAGAAAAGGAAAUUCGGGAGAAAGGCUCUGAGAUUCUCAGAGAACAGUUGGAUGCUGCAAAGAAGGAACUGAAACUUAAAGAUAAGGAGUGUGAGCGUCUGUCACAAGUCAGGAACCAGCUGGAGCAAGAACUUGAGGAACUGACAGCCAGUCUGUUUGAGGAGGCUCAUAAGAUGGUGCGGGAAGCUAAUGUGAAACAGGCAGGAGCAGAAAAACAGCUGAAAGAGGCCCAAGGGAAGAUUGAUGUUCUUCAAGCAGAAGUGACUGCGCUCAAGACUCUGGUGCUGACAUCUACGCCGUCCUCACCUAAUCGGCAGCUGCAUCCACAACUUCAGUCUCCAGGUACCAGAGGAUCAUACAAACAAGUUGGAGGCCACGUCCGCAACAAGAGCGUCAGUGGAGCUUUUCCGGCAUCUGCUGGGAAGCCGGAAUCUUCAUCCAAUUCCAUUCCAUCCGUGGCUAAAGAGGAUAGAGAGAUGGACUCGAUUCUAUACACAGAGUUUUUGUUGUGGAGGGAACGUCCCAGUCUGGACCGAUCCUCGGCCUUUUUGAGCCGCAUUUACAGAGAAGACAUUGGACCCUGCCUAUCCUUUACGAGAUCAGAGUUAUCCCAGCUGGUUCAGGGUGCAGUGGAAAGUAAUUCUCUUACCAUCGAGCCUGUGGCCAUACCGAUGAUCAAAUCCUCUUCUAUAGAGUGUGGAGGUCCUAAGGCUGCAGUAGAAACAAAGUGUGCAUUAAGUGGCCUGUCACGGCCCUGCCAACAUCGCAUCAAACUGGGCGACAAGGGCACCUACUAUUACAUAUCUCCAUCGAGCCGAGCGCGAAUCACAACUGUUUGCAACUUUUUUACCUAUAUCCGGUACAUUCAGCAGGGCUUGGUAAGACAUGACGAACAAAUGUUCUGGGAGGUGAUGCGUCUUCGCAGAGAGAUGGCGGUGGCCAAGCUAGGCUUCUACCUCACUGACCAGGGCUAGAGAUCCAAAAACACUCAGCAGAAAGCAGUGUGAUCACACAAAUCAGGAAAAGUUGUGGUAAAAUGCACGUCUUUGAUCCGCUUUUUGUAAUAUUUAUGCUGAAGAAGAGGUCACCCAACAAGGGAAGAAGAAUUUAUUAAAAAAAAAAUGAAAAAAAUAGAAGCACAAGAAAGAUUUAAAAAUCCCACAACAAUGUCACUAUUGUCCUCAAGUGAUUUACUUUUGUAGUGUAAUAAAAAGUUUGAAACAUUAAUCUUUCACAUGCUCAAAGAUCAUCCAAAAAGUUAUUUUCUUAGUUCAGCCACCUCAGGAAAACUUUUUCUUGCUGCAAUUUUCUUAAAAUAAAACACUUCCUUUCUCAGUGUGGCCUUCCUGCUGUGCCUUUUAAAAAGUGACCUAUAUUAUGCCCCUUUGCCAUAAAAAGCUUUACGUUGUCCCUAAUAAUCAGAGAUAUCACCAUAAAAUCCAAAUAUCUCACAGCAAAAACGAAAAAAAAAACUUUAUUAACAAAUGGUGAACAAUACAGCAAAAGCCAUUGAUUUAGCAUGAAAGGUAAACACAGCCAUAUUACACUAUGAAAAGUGACCUGGUAUGUAUUCGUUAUGGAUGGAAACAUUUUUAACGAGUGUUUUGGUGGUAAAAAUGAAGGAGUUCAUAGUAGAAAGUGCAAUAAAAAAAACUUCUUGGCCAUUUUAUGGGUGUGUUUUGAUGUAAUGGUUGUUACCUGUGUCCUAUUAAAAGCAAGGCAUAAAAGCCUGACUGAC